AUGAAUAUUUCUUCUGGAAGGGGGAGCUCAAGCCCUUGUAGUUCAUUUGGGUCCAGAAGUGAAAGAAGGAGAGCUGCUCCAUUGUGUAAAUGUGGGAGGCAUAGUGUUGUUUACACCUCCAAGACCAUUAGAAACCCAAAUAGAGCAUUUUUAAGGUGCCCCAAUUUCAAGGAAAAGAAGCCACACUGCAACUUUUUUACAUGGGUGGAUGAUGCUACAUCUGAUACCAUGGAGCUGGAAGAUUGGAGAAUUAACAAACUGGAGCUGAAUGUAGCUGAAAUGGAAUUCAAGUUGAAUUUUUUGGACAUGAAGCUCAAUGAUGAAAUGCAGUUGGAGGUGAACGAGCAUAAAAAGAAGAUUAAUGACCACUAUGUAAAGAUUGAAGACCUAUCAAUGAAGAUGCAUGCAUAG